AUGAGUCGUCAUCCUGAGGUUAAGUGGGCUCAGAGAGUUGACAAGGUCUAUAUCACCGUGCAAUUAGCUGAUUCAAAGAAUGCAAAAGUGGAUCUUACGCCUGAAGGCAUCUUUACCUUCUCUGGCAGUGCUGGCACUGAAGCUCAUCAGUAUGAGCUAAGACUGGAGCUUUUUGAGAAGGUUAAUGUAGAGGAGAGCAAAAUUAAUGUAGGAGUGCGAAGCAUAUUCUGUGUAGUGCAGAAGGCAGAAAAUGGAUGGUGGAAAAGGUUACUGCGUGGAGAAGGCAAAACUCCACAUUAUGUGAAAGUAGAUUGGGAUAAAUGGGUGGAUGAGGAUGAAGAAGAUGGCAGUGGUGAACUGGAUUUGGGAGGAAUGGAUUUCUCGAAAUUUGGGGGAAUGGGUGCUGAUGGAAUGGGAGGGAUGGAUUUCUCUAAAUUUGGUGGUGAUGCAAUGGAUGAUAUUGAUGAGAGCGAUGAUGAAGAGCAAGAAGUGUCGAAGCCUGCUGAACACGAUGUUGGCGAGGCAUCAACGGGGACAAAAGAGGCUGCUCCAAGCACAUGA